AUGUCUAGAAGGAAAAGAAAACUUGCUGAAACCUCAUCAAGACCGACAGAAAGUAACUUUCACAUUGGAAUACAAAGAAGCAGCUCCAGCAGCAUCGAAAGACCCAGUGAACAUACCAUCACUUCAAGAACUUGUUUUGUACUAGAGAAUCAAGCAGAUAAAUUGUGCGAUUUUUCCAUUAGUGAAAACACAAGAAAUGCUAACAUAACGGGUUUUAGGAGUUUCUGUAAUUUUCUACCUUCCAUUGGAAUAAGAGCAGAUGACUUUAGACCACCACCAAUUUCAGAACAAACACUCAUUUAUUUUGUGACACACUGUUUUAAAGCUUUAAAACUGUCUAUCAGUACCGUAAAGUUAUACCUAGCAGCUGUAAGAUUCUUCUAUGUGAAAGCUGGCGUUCACUGCCCUUGGUUCACCAUGAAUGAAACAUGCCCCAGACUGCACACCGUAUUAAGAGGGAUAAAGAAACAAAGCAAUACUAGAGAGAAAAGAAGACCCAUAACUUACAAUAUACUAAGUCAGCUACACUACGUUCUGAAACGAGGGAUGUUUGGCAAACUCGUGGACACAAUGCUAAUGUCUGCAUCCUUAUUAGCAUUUUUCUCCUUCUUACGAUGUGGGGAAUUCACCAUUCAGAAUGGUAACCUGGACAGCAUGUUAUCUUUACCUGACAAUAUGAUGGAUGACACAAUGAAUGCAUUCACCUUGGUGCUAAAAAGCUCAAAAACAGACCCUUUCCGUCAAGGAAUAAGCAUUAGGAUCUUCAAAUCUGGUAAUGUUGUAUGUCCUGUCAACUCAAUGGUGGAAUAUCUAAAGAUUUGCAAAACCUGGAAUAAUGGUAGAAUAUCUCCUUAUGCACUUUUCAUUUAAAAAAGUGGAACUCCAUUAACUAGAAAUUUCUUCAUCAGUAAACUUAAACAACUACUUAUUAAGAACUUGUUGGGAUACAGAGAUGAAAAGUACAAUGGACAUUCCUUCAGAAUUGGGGCAGCAACAUCUGCGGCAUUGGGUAAAGUGGAGGGUCACAUGAUUAAAACGUUGGGAAGAUGGAGGUCCACCUGCUACAACCGAUACAUUCGUACAGACGAUGGCACAUUGUCCCGCGCACAAAAGGCGAUGUGCAACAAGUGA